UAGCGAGCUGCAACGCUCAGCAUUGUGGCAGGCGGCGAGGACCCGUGAGGGUGCCGAGGCUGCGGGCUGCGGUGGGGCACAGAAAGGCGCACCACAAGGGGGCUCGGACGGCACAGCAUAGGCUGUUGCGAACGCGGCUGAGCGCACUCACCUUCGGUCGCCCAACUUCGCAGCCAGAGGGUGUGAGCUCGGAGAGCGCUCGGAUCCCGGGAGGCAGAGGAACGCAGAGAGGGGCGCGUCGGAGCCUGGCUCCAGGGCGGGCGCCCAGCACCCGGCGCGCUCCAAGCGCCUGGCGGCCCUCUGUGCAGCGUGGCUGCCGCUGCCCCAACGGAGGGCACGGGCUGGCGCGGCCGGGCGCCGGGGAGGACGGCGUGGAGGCGGCGGCGGCGGAGGAGACGGCGGCGGCGAGGCUGGGGCCAGGGAGAGAGCCCCGGGGUAGAGGCGCCGGAGCCGGGCCACGGGAGCAUGUGGGCCCAGAGUGGAGCGCGGGGCGCGCUGCUGCUGGCGCUGCUCCUCUGCUGGGACCCGAGGCUGAGCCAAGCAGGCACUGAAUCCGGCAGCGAGGUGCUCCCUGACUCCUACCAGUCAGCGCCGGCCGAGCCGCUGCCCCACUUCCUGCAGGAGCCGGAAGAUGCCUACAUCGUGAAGAACAAGCCGGUGGGGCUGAGCUGCCGCGCCUUCCCUGCCACACAGAUCUAUUUCAAGUGCAAUGGCGAGUGGGUCAGCCAGAAUGACCACGUCAUGCAGGAGGGCCGGGACCAGGCCACUGGCCUGCCAGUGCGGGAGGUGCAGAUCGAGGUGUCUCGGCAGCAGGUGGAGGAGCUGUUCGGGCUGGAGGAUUACUGGUGCCAGUGCGUGGCCUGGAGCUCUGCAGGCACCACCAGGAGUCGCCGGGCCUAUGUCCGCAUCGCAUACCUGCGCAAGAACUUUGACCAGGAGCCUCUGAGCAAGGAAGUACCCCAUGACCACGAGGUUCUCCUGCAGUGCCGCCCACCGGAGGGGGUGCCUGUGGCUGAGGUGGAAUGGCUCAAGAAUGAGGACGUCAUUGACCCUACCCAGGACACCAACUUCCUGCUCACCAUCGACCACAACCUCAUCAUCCGCCAGGCCCGCCUGUCAGACACAGCCAACUAUACCUGCGUGGCCAGGAACAUGGUGGCCACACGCCGCAGCACCACUGCCACCGUCAUCGUCUAUGUGAACGGCGGGUGGUCCAACUGGGAAGAGUGGUCGCCCUGCUCCAACCGCUGUGGCCGCGGCUGGCAGAAGCGCACACGGACUUGCACCAACCCCACCCCGCUCAACGGAGGAGCCUUCUGUGAGGGCCAGGCCACCCAGAAGACGUCCUGCACCACCGUGUGCCCAGUGGACGGAGCGUGGACGGAGUGGAGCAAGUGGUCAGCCUGCGGCACCGAGUGUGCCCACUGGCGCAGCCGGGAGUGCAUGGCGCCCCCGCCCCAGAAUGGAGGCCGAGACUGCAGCGGGGCUCUGCUCGACUCCCAGAACUGCACCGGGGGGCUGUGCCUGCAAGAUAAGAAAACUCUAAGUGACCCCAAAAGCCACCUCCUGGAGUCUUCGGGGGAUGUGGCAUUGUAUGCCGGCAUCGUGGUGUCCGUCCUCGUGCUGGUGGCUGUCCUCAUGGUGGUGGGGGUGGUGGUGUACCGCCGCAAGUGCCGAGACUCGGACGCUGACAUCACCGAUUCGUCCGCCGCCCUGACUGGAGGCUUCCACCCAGUCAACUUCAAGACCACAAGGCCCAGCCAGCCGCAGCUCCUGCACCCCUCCGUGCCUCCGGACCUCACAGCCAAUGCCAGCAUCUACCGGGGGCCGGUGUACGCCCUGCAGGACUCAGCCGACAAGAUCCCCAUGACCAACUCGCCCCUGCUGGACCCCCUGCCCAACCUCAAGAUCAAGGUCUACAGCUCCAGCACCACCGGUUCUGGGUCAGGCCUGCCAGACGGGGCUGACCUGCUAGGGGUGCUGCCGCCGGGCACGUACCCUGGUGACUUCUCCCGGGAGACCCACCUCCUGCACCUGCGCAGUGCCAGCCUCGGCUCCCAGCAGCUCCUGGGCCUGCCCCGUGACCCAGGGAGCAGUGUCAGCGGUACCUUUGGCUGCCUGGGCGGGAGGCUCAGCGUCCCUGGCACAGGGGUCAGCCUGCUGGUGCCCAAUGGAGCCAUCCCCCAGGGCAAGUUCUACGAAAUGUACCUCCUUAUCAACAAGGCAGAAAGCACCCUCCCACUUUUGGAAGGGACCCAGACAGUAUUGAGCCCCUCGGUGACCUGUGGGCCCACAGGCCUGCUGCUGUGCCGCCCCGUCAUCCUCACGGUGCCCCACUGUGCCGAAGUCAGUGCCAGCAACUGGAUCUUCCAGCUCAAGACCCAGGCCCACCAGGGCCACUGGGAGGAGGUGGUGACCCUGGACGAGGAGACCCUGGACACCCCUUGCUACUGCCAGCUGGAGGCCAGGUCCUGCCACAUCCUGUUAGACCAGCUGGGCACCUAUGUCUUCAUGGGUGAGUCCUAUUCCCGCUCGGCAGUCAAGCGGCUCCAGCUGGCCAUCUUCGCCCCGGCCCUCUGCACGUCCCUGGAGUACAGCCUCAGGGUCUACUGCCUGGAGGACACGCCUGUAGCAUUGAAGGAGGUGCUGGAGCUGGAGCGGACCCUGGGUGGCUACCUUGUGGAGGAGCCCAAACCCCUGCUGUUUAAGAACAGUUACCAUAACCUGCGCCUCUCCCUGCACGACAUCCCCCACGCUCACUGGAAGAGCAAGCUGCUGGCCAAGUACCAGGAGAUCCCCUUCUACCACAUUUGGAGUGGCAGCCAGAAGGCUCUUCACUGUACCUUCACCCUGGAGAGGCACAGCCUGGCCGCCACGGAGUUCGCCUGCAAGAUCUGCGUGCGGCAGGUGGAAGGGGAAGGCCAGAUAUUCCAGCUGCACACCACACUGGCAGAGACACCUGCUGGCUCCCUGGAUGCCCUCUGCUCUGCCCCCAGCAGCACACUGACCACCCAGCUGGGACCCUAUGCCUUCAAGAUCCCACUGUCUAUCCGCCAAAAGAUAUGCAACAGCCUGGACGCCCCGAACUCGCGGGGCAAUGACUGGCGCCUCUUGGCGAAGAAGCUCUCCAUGGACCGGUACCUGAACUACUUUGCCACCAAAGCAAGCCCCACAGGUGUGAUCCUGGACCUCUGGGAAGCUCUGCAGCAGGAUGACGGGGACCUCAACAGCCUGGCCAGUGCCUUGGAAGAGAUGGGCAAGAGUGAGAUGCUGGUGGCCAUGGCCACUGACGGGGACUGCUGAGCUGCCCAGACUGCGGGCUCAGAGGGACUGGCAGGUGGCGGUUUACGGGGAGGCCAGGCAGCUUCCCGUGGGGCAGUUCGGCCUCCAUGGCCCCCCAACUCACAGCCAGAGUCACCCCUCCUGCCCCUCCCUCACCCCACCCCCAGACCACAACCAGCCUUAGGAAUUCCGGGGACUCUGGUGUCAGGAGGACCUGGUGUCCCGUCCCCACCCUUGCUGUCUCUCCUGGCCUCAGACCUUCGUGCAGAAACCAGAGGGGCUGAGGCCCCCGGAAGCAGUGAGGGGAGCAAGGGGUGGUCCUCCUUCCACCUCUGCCCUCCACCACCCUGCACAUGCAGCCCUGGGACCUCUGGGUCAAGUUCGUUUUAGUUUUGUUCUUAAUUUCCUUCCUCAGCUACUCGUUUCUCCCUCCUCCCUAAGCCCUCUGUCUUCACACCAUUUUCCUCUUUGAAGAGUCAAGUACAGUUCAGACAGACUGCUUUCUCCUGUCCAAAAGCUAAAUGAGAGAAAGAAAGCUUCAUACUGCUAGUAAGGCUCAAAGAAGAAGAAGAAGAAAAACACCAAAACCACAAGGGAAAAGAAAAACCCAGUUUCUUAGGAAACGCAAAUGAUUUAUUAUCCAGAUAUUUGGAUAAGUCUUUUUAAGAAAAAAAGAAAGAAAAUGAAAAAUAACACAAAAAAAUAGAAAACUCUUUUCUUGAGUGUGGAUGAAUGUGGGCUCACUCACGGUUCUGGCCAGGAGCAAGCGAGCAAGGGGGAGAGAGAGAGAGAGAGAGAGUAUGUGUGUGUGUGUGUGUGUGUGUGUGUGUGUGUGUGUGUCUGUGUGAGUGAGACUAGGGAGAGAGGGACCCGUUGCUGCUAAUGAUUCCAUCUUAGACGGAAUUCUUACAAGCCCUCCAUUUCCCCCAGUUAUACAGGCUCAGGUGGGGAUUUAGCCAUGGUACAUGAUUCCCUCUAAAAUCUUAAGGAGACGCUGAGUUCAUAAAGCCAAGGAGCCCUGAGCUCCGGAGUGAGUGGGGUUCUCCCUCCCUUCCAGGCUGCUCUGGGCCCCGGGAGGGACCUGUGGGCCGCCCAGGCCAGCUGUGCCGCCGGGGAGACUGUCCAGCACCAGGGUCUGGUGGCUCCCGGAGAGGGGGCGUGGCCUGGAAGCGGGGCCCUAGCAGAGAAAGAAGUGGGAUAUGAGGGAGUCCUGUGGGUACCUCUUCUGCUCCACCCUAAGGCGGGGCCAGCCAGGACGCCCGCUCCCGGCAGCCUCUAGAACAGGUAGGCUGGAGCAGGUUGGCAUUCUUUUAAAUCCCAGGAACCCAGAACUCGCCCUUCCCCCACUGUCUCCUUCCAUGAGACAGAAAAGGGGGAUGAGAGGGCCGCUCUAGCGUCAGAAGCCUGAGCUGGGCCUCGGUGGUGCGGCUUUGAGGAAUGUGUUAGCGGCAGCCCCGCCGCCUGGGAGGCUGGGAGGUGGGUGGCCUGCCUGAGCUUUAAUGCCCUCCCACCCUCCCAGAGUGGAGGAGGGAGGGUGGAGGGCAAUUCUCUCAACUCUGAUCUCUGCAGGCACCUCCCUCCCUCCCUCUCUCACCCUCCCUGUCUCACUCUCCCUCUGUAGUCUGGGAGUUCCUGAGGUGGGUAACUUUUGAACAGGAAGGGUUGCCAGAGAGGAGGGGCUGGCACCCCCUCACCAGCCUAUUCCAGGAUGUUCUGAGGGGCCAGCAGGGACCUGGCUCAGGGGGAGAUGCAUCCCUGUCCCUUUUCAGCUGUCUGACGGUGGGUGGGACCAGGCCCCUGGCUCGGAGACUUCAUCAAAGGCCUCGCUGCGGCACCCAGGCAAAGCACGUGCCAGCCCCAGGCACGGACCCUGCGCUUGCCCCAACAGGCCCACAAACCACUGCCGGAACCAGCCUGGGCACCUCCCAGCCUCUGAAAGUCUGGUCACCUGAGAGGAGAGCAGGUCUUAGGGCUGCAGCUCCAGCCACCAUCCCCAGCCUGGCUUCCCUGCCCCCCUCGGCAUGUGUGCCGGCCCUGGGCCGGUGAGGUCCUGCUCAGAAGUUCACAAGGGUUCCCCGUGUCAGGGCUGCUGAAGGGGACAGGCCCUCCUGGGGGCUGGGACCCCAGUGCCUGUGUGGUUGCUGCCUCAGGCAAGGCCGUGAGCCACCCUUGUCAGGAGUUUCUGCCACCGGGGCUCGCGUCCGGGCCACUCCAGCCCCAGUCAUAGGGGCCUGUGUGAUAGAUCGUAUGGAGUCGAGAGCAGCCGGACCAGUGCCACCGGG